CUCAAUGAAACCAAAGAAAGCAAAAACCAGACAAAUAAAUUUAAAAGAAAACUGAUGAUGAAGGGUCUUCAUUUCAAUCUCUUCCUGGUCACCAUGACGAUUGUUGCAUCCAUCUCCGCGGCUACACCAGCAGCUCCGGCGGCAGGGGGAGCUUUGGCAGACGAGUGCAGCCAAGAUUUUCAAAAGGUGACAUUAUGUUUGGAUUUCGCGACCGGGAAGGCACCAAAUCCGUCCAAGAAGUGUUGUGACGCUAUCGAAGAUACAAAAGAGAGGGAUCCAAAGUGUUUGUGUUACGUGAUACAGCAAGCGAAGACAGGAGGACAAGCUUUGAAGGAUCUUGGUGUCCAAGAAGAUAAACUUAUUCAGCUUCCAACUUCUUGUCAGCUCCACAACGCUAGCAUCUCCGACUGUCCAAAGCUUCUCGGGAUUUCACCGAGCUCACCAGACGCAGCCGUAUUCACAAGCAAUGCCACAUCAACAACAACACCAGCGGCUCCAGUAGGGAAGUCUCCUGCAACUCCAACGACGUCUACGGGUACAGGAGGAUCACCUUCCAUAAGAGAUGGUCACGCCACCGUGGCUUUAGCUCUCGCUUUGAUGGCCUUCUCCUUUGUCUCGAUCUUGCCUAGGAUGGGUUUGGCCUAGAUGGUAGGCACGUAACAUUAGGGAUGUAACCUUUCUUUAUUAUGUGGUGCUUUUGUUUCAAAAAUUUCAAGACUAUCGUUUCAACUGUGUUUCUUGGUUCGGACCAUUUGUCGUAAUGAGGGAACAUUCCACUUAAUCGAAUCUCGCACAUAACUAAGAUCA